AUGGCAAAUGUUCAUGUCCCCCGGGCUACGGGGGCGACGACUGUCUAUCUCCAGCUUGUAGUCUGUGGAUCGUUAGCAGAUGGAAAGGAUCGACCUAUGCGACAAGGGGAAUACUGCGAGUGUGGCGAUGGCUGGACUGGAAUCAACUGCAACGUAUGCACCACCAACAAAGCUUGUAACGCUUUGAUGCCGAAACCAGACGAUGGAGAGGAACGAUCAGGAGGCGUUUGCUACCAGAAUGGGGAGGUAGUGAAGGAGAACUACCAAAUGUGCGAUGUCACGAAUAAGAAGAUUGUUGAUAUUUUGGACGGGAGAAGACCUCAAGUCACAUUUACCUGCAAUGCAGAGCACGAAACUUGCGAUUUCCAGUUCUGGGUCGAACAGCAAGAAUCAUUCUACUGCUCGCUCGAUACCUGCUCUUCCUCGGCUCGCAACGAUGUCGGACAAAACAGCACCAGCUACAAAUGCGAUAACAUACAAUGCAAGUGUAUCCCGGACAGGAUGCUAUGUGGAGAAAAUGGUUCCGUGGAUAUUACAGACUUUCUGGAUCAGUCAAUCAAAGGACCAGCGUCAUUCAGUUGUCUACAGGAAUCGCAAGGCGCAAACAACUGCCAAUUUCAGGAGCCUCAAAUGGAUUUGUUGAUUCAGCAGAUGUUUGGAGACAAGAGUAUCUUUAUCAACUGCCAGGCAGGCGAAUGUCUUUAUGAAACCGAAGUUCCUGGAUUCGAGCGGCCAGUGAAGAGGAUAAAUACCCCUCUAAUCGCAGGAGUUAUUGCAGGUGCCUCGCUUUUCGUGGUUGGUGUAAUCUUGUUGGUCUGGUACUUAUCACGGAGACAAUUCAAGUAUGGUCCAAUCCACUUGGAUGAUUCGGAUGACGAGAGCUCUAAGCUCAUGUCUGACCACAAGCCCGCUUCCUUGUUCUUUGAGAAUGUUUCCUAUCAUCUAAACGGAAAGCAAAUUCUCUCAGGGGUCCAAGGUGUAGCGCAUCCCGGAGAAAUUAUGGCUAUUAUGGGUGCUUCAGGAGCUGGCAAGACGACUUUCCUUGAUAUUCUUGCUCGCAAGAACAAACGAGGUGUUACUCAUGGAGACUUCUACGUUAACGGAGAGAAGGUUGACGACACUGAGUACAAGAAUGUCGUUGGAUUCGUCGACCAAGAAGAUACUAUGCUCUCUACCCUUACAGUCCACGAAACUAUCAUGACUAGCGCUCUUUUGCGACUACCUCGAGAUAUGGGCCGAGCUGCUCAGGAACAAAGGGUGUACGAGGUUGAGAAACAGCUUGGAAUUAGUGCGAUCAAAGAUUCCCUAAUUGGCUCGGAAGAAGGGAAAGGCCGCGGGAUCUCAGGAGGUGAGAAACGAAGAGUUGGAAUUGCUUGUGAGCUUGUUACAAGUCCAAGCAUUUUGUUCUUGGACGAGCCAACAAGUGGACUUGAUGCUUAUAAUGCUUUCAAUGUCAUUGAAUGUCUUGUUACGCUCGCAAAGACCUACAAACGGACAGUGAUCUUUACAAUCCAUCAACCACGCUCGAAUAUCGUGGCUCUUUUCGACAGGUUAUUACUACUGGCCAAAGGAAAGACUGUCUACUCCGGCGAAUUUGGGCAAUGUCAAGAUUACUUUGAACAUAUUGGUUACUCGUGUCCGCCCGGAUUUAACAUCGCGGAUUAUCUCGUGGACUUGACGAUGCAUGUUGGAGCUCCUCACACCCCAACCGACGAGGAGAUAGAUGGUUUGAAUACAGGUGGCAAUUCAAGUGCAGGGCCAAGCAGCACUAGGGCUGUGAAAUCGAUCGCUAGUAUCUCCGGCGGGAGUAUAAAUGACGACUUGGCUAGCAGUCCAGGGGACUCAUUACUAAGACCUAAGAGUAAACGAAGAGACUCAGUGAAGGCAAAACAGGAAAGAGAGCUUUACACACGCAAGAAGACCGGGCACGAAACACCAGGCUCUCAACCCGACGAUACCCCAGUGGAUCCCAACGCAAAUUCACAACAAUGGGUACGACUAUCAAAGCAGCAAAGCAAUCACGUACCACAGCAGAUUUUGGACGAUCCUGACAACCUUCCACCUGCAGCAUCGACAACGGGCACUGAUCUUGACAUACUCGUUUCAGCAUAUGCACAGUCUGACAUUGCUGGUAACAUUCACGAGGACAUCCAUUCUGCGAUAGCAUCCGCUCAGCAAGCCAAUGGCGGUAUGAAUGGGCACCCUUCAGGAGAUCGAUCCUCACAUACUGGAGCUAUGGGCAGAGGAUAUGCAAGAAUUGGGUACAUACGACAAUUCAUCAUCCUCUCGGGACGGACCUGGAAGAAUCUGUACAGAAAUCCAAUGUUAAUGCUCACGCAUUACGCCAUCGCAAUUCUUCUCGCUGUUCUCUCUGGAUUCCUUUUCUAUGGCCUAACGGACGACAUCCCCGGCUUCCAAAACCGCCUCGGACUGUUCUUCUUCGUCCUAGCCCUCUUCGGCUUCAGUACCCUCUCCAGUCUAACAGUCUUCGCCACCGAGCGCCUGCUCUUCGUCCGCGAGCGCGCAAACGGCUACUACUCCCCAAUAACCUACUUCCUCUCCAAAGUAAUUUUCGAUAUCGUACCCCUCCGCAUAAUACCCCCAAUCAUCAUGGGAUCCAUCAUCUACCCCAUGACAGGCCUCGUACCUGACGCGCCCCACUUCUUCAAAUUCAUCCUCGUGCUCGUCCUCUUCAACCUCGCCGCUGCAGGAAUCUGUCUCUUCAUUGGCAUAGUCUGCAAAGACGGGGGCGUUGCUUCGCUGAUCGGCUCCCUCGUCAUGCUCUUCUCCCUCCUCUUCGCAGGUCUUCUCCUAAACCACGACGCUAUACCGAAAUCGGCAGUCUGGCUCCAAGCUAUCUCAAUUUUCCACUAUGGCUUUGAAGCGCUGAUUGUAAAUGAGGUUACGUUUCUCAUGCUUGAGGAUCAUAAAUAUGGGAUUGAUAUUAAAAUCCCGGGCGCGAGUAUUUUGAGUAGUUUUGGGUUUGACACUCAGGCGCUUUGGCCUGACGUGCUUAGUUUGGGAUGCUUUGCUGCUGCAUUUAUUGUGUUGGCGUAUGUGGCUAUGCAUGUUUUGCUUGUAGAGAGGAGGUAG